GAAGUGAAAGCCUGAAAGAUCAACAACAACUGGGGAACGAGCGGAAUGAGGAAGGCACGGGCAGCGGAGAGAGAGAGAGAGGAGCAAUCUUUCGGAGGAAUAAUUUUCUAAAUAUAGAGGCCGCUGCGCCUCCCCUCUCUGGGUAGAGCGGAGUUGCGCGGUGUCGUGCAUGGGGACACCGCCAGCGACGCCGUCGUUUCCCGCAUUACAGCGAAUUCCUCUGUUCAUUUUUACACAAUUCGAUAACACUUGCGAGCAUCGAAGGUAAAACAUCUGUCCAAGGAUUUGCUUCAAGAUGUCACCUAGCCAGCUCACCGAAGCACGAGGAAACAGGUGAAGGUGGGCGGAACAUGAGGGCAGCAGGACCAGAAGCUUGCGAUGGAUAAGAAGGCUCGCAGUGCUGGCAGGAAGAGCUCAGCACCGGAGCCGGCCCGGAGCGCUGGCGGUGCGUGCCACGGCCUGCCCCUCCCCCCGGGGCCCUUGUCGGCAUGCGGGGACGGGGGGGUCGGCCCGGGGGACCCAUCGGCCCAGCAGACGCGAGGGAGCCCCGUGAGGGUGGAGUCCUGUGGGGCUCUGGGGGACCUCGGGGAGGAGGCACCGGUGGAGCCCGUGCCCUCUCUGGAUGAGCUCCUGGACGCUGAGCCCGAGACGCCGGCUGCAGGCUCCAGUUCCCACAGCCCACCCCCCCUGCCCAACGGGGCCCUGAAGGUUGAGGAGUGGGGGGGGUGGCGUGCAGGGGGGGGGAGCGAACAGCAGCCGGAGCCCUGGGACCCCCAGGACCCCCAGGACCCUAUUUCCAGUGGGAGGCUUCAAAGUGUGGGAGAGGAAGACGCAGGGAGUUCUGGCGGCUUCGAAGCAGAAAGCAAGGUGGAUUCCAACAGGCAGCGACGGCUCUCGGGAGAGCCAGGAGCAGCUGGAUCUGCGGGAUGGGAGGAACUGGAAAAAGAGGAGGAAGACGAGGGGGAAGAGGAAGAGGACGGGGGAACGGAGUUGAGGGUGGAUGGGAUAUCGUUCCCGCGGAGGGCAGGGAAGAGGCAGAAGGGCAGAGAGAGGGACCGGCCAGCGGCUGGGGAGCACCCGAUCUCCUCCUCCUCUUCCAAGCCACCUGUGUCCUCAGGGGGGCGCCACAAGCAGGCAAGGCGGCGGAACAACGCCGGCCACCACCACCAGAGCCGAUCCAAGGGCUCUUCCACGCCCCGCGCCUUCCUGGCCUGCUGGGAUCUCCUGUCGGAGUCGGUGUGGCCCCGGUGCGAGUCCUGCCUGCGGAUGGUGGUGGAGUUGAUCGUGCUGGUGACGCAUCGCUGUGGGGAGUGCGUGGAGGCCGGGGGCGCUCUGGCAUACAGCAGCGGCUCCCAGCUGCUCUCCAGAGCCACGGACAUGGGCGCCAUGAGGAGCGAGGCCAAGCGCCUGAGCCGCGGCUUGCACAGGCGGGGCCGGCGGGCCGGGGCGGCCCUCCUGGACUGGGGGACCGUCGCGGCCACAAGGGGGCGCCGCCUCCUGAGCGCCCUCCUCAGCCUGCUCUGCCUGGCCUUCUUCGUCUCCCUCGGCUGCUUGCGCUGGGCGGGGAGCGCGAUGGAGAGGCGGUGUGGGGGCAGGCCGGGUCGAGCCUGGGAAGCGCUCUGUGAGACCAGGGUCUGGGGGCUCCUGGUGGGGCUCUGGGGGAAAGUCAGGACCGCGGCGUGGGGUCUUCCCUCCGUUUCCUCCUCCUCCUCCCCCCCCCCCAGCGCAGCCCCGGAGUCCCCCGGCGGGACGGGGCGCUGCCAGCCCGGACAGGAGCUGGAGAGGCUGCUGGCCCUGGCGCAGGUGCCGGAGGAGGAGCUGGACCCCUUUAAGGUGCUGGGUUUGGAGGCCAGUGCCACGGACACCGAGCUGAAGAGGGCGUACCGGCAGCUGGCGGUGCUGGUCCACCCGGACAAGAACAAGCACCCCCGUGCAGGGGAGGCCUUCAAGGUGCUGAGGGCGGCCUGGGACAUUGUGAGCAACCCUGAGACCAGGAGGGAGUACGAACUGAAGCGCAUGGCUGAGACAGAGCUGACCAAGUCCAUGAAUGAGUUUCUCACCAAGCUGCAUGACGAUCUCAAGGAGGCCAUGAACACGAUGAUGUGCAGCAAGUGUGAAGGCAAGCACAAGCGGUUUGAGAUGGAGCGGGAUCCCGGUGAAGCCCGGUUCUGCGCAGAGUGCAGCAAGAGGCACAGCGCUGAGGAGGGCGACUUCUGGGCUGAGUCCAGCAUGCUGGGGCUGCGCAUCACCUACUUCGCCCUGAUGGACGGGAAGGUCUAUGACAUCACAGAGUGGGCAGGCUGCCAGCGGAUCAGCAUCUCUCCAGACACCCACCGGGUGCCCUAUCACAUCUCCUUUGGCGCCAAGAACAGUGGCGGCGCUGGGCGACACAGGACUCCCUCCGAGACUGUCCCAGGUCCAGGCUCUGCCGCUGAUUUGCAGGACUUCUUUAAUCGCAUCUUCCAGGGCUCCCCCAAUGGUAUGGCCAACGGGAGCUUCUUCCCUCCGCCCCCUCCCCCACCCCACCCGGGGGCCGCACAUGGCAGCCACACCUUCCCUGCCGCUCCCACCCCUCCCGGCGGGUACCCCCCAGGAGCGGGCCGGGCGGAAAGCGCCCCCAGGACCGAGAGUGGCGGCAGGCCGCGGCGCCGCAAGAAACUACGGCGGCCCUUCCAGCGCUGAGGAAGUGCCAGCCCAUGCGUGUGCGUGCGCGUGCUGUAACACACACACAGAAACACGCGGUCUCUCUCUCUCGCGCGCGCGCCCACGCCCACGCGCUCCAUGACCCAGCAGGAGAGCGGCGGGGCCUCGCAGAGGACAGGAACGGACAGCGGAGACCCAUGGGAGAUGAACACGGGAAGAGUAGCCAUACGGAAGAAGCUAAUCCGGAUCUUAACGUUCUGUGUAUUGUCGAACACUAUGCUUUUGAUUUUGCUUUUUUUUUUUUCCCGUCUCGAGAUGGUGUUUAUGGAAUCGGCCGAAGGUUUGUUCCUUCGCCUGUGAUGUCACGCUGGCAUCCGCAGGAUCAUUGUGCAGAAUCCGCUCCGAUCUGGCUCCCACAGCCAGCCUUUAGAAGAGUCGGUGCGGAGUUUCCAGAUAUGUUUCAGUGUCACGGCAGGAUGCGAUUCUUGGAUCAUAAAACCACAGCUCGUUAUGAAGGGACGAAAGGCCCGUGCCUCUUUUGUAACCUCCCUCUCUGUUUUGAGUUGGCCUUGGGGCAGGGAUUGGGCUGCAGGUGAAGAUUUAGAGUCGGAGAUGUCCAAACGCACACGGGCGUAGCCGAUUUCAUAGCUGUGAUGCCGGCGGUGAGGCUACGCCUCCUGUCUGAAGCUGAGCUGGGGUGUGGCGGGUGGGGUGUUGUCAGGAGGCUCCUGGUCCUUCAGUAGCAGCAUCAUCAUCUUUCAGCUUUUAAUUCCACGGAGAGUGAAUGUAGGAUCUCUUUAUUUUAACGCCUCUCUGAGGGGCUGAAACCCUAUUUCUUUUUCUUUCUGUAGUUGCAAAGAAGCCACUAAAAAUAAUGUUCCAUGGCAGGGAGAUGCAGGGUGAGACCUCCUGCAGUGCUCCUCCACCCCAGGCCUUGAAUGCAACAAUCCAGCAAAUCUCCGGAAAUUUUCAGAACUUUUUUGAUAUAUACAACAAGGCGUAAAUGCUUUUGGAAGGUGGCAUGUGAAGAGUAUACUUGUUCUUGUACAGGCACACACGCUGGCCGCUCCUCUGGAAGUCAGUAAAGUGAAAUGGGGAGUUGUUCCAGCCCAGUGGCUGUGCACGGAAACGCACAGUGCCUGGACUGGCUGUGCUUUUUUUGUUCUCUUAAUACUUGAGGGAAGUUCACGUUUCCACCCAGAUCCAGUUGCAGGCUGACCUUUGACCGUGUUUUCCUGUCAUUGUCCUCACUCCCCCCCCCCCCAGCAGAGUUAUUUUUCCCAAAAUGACAACUAUGCUGCUCGCAUGAGCUGCUUGCCUGAGCCCUGUGUGGCACGGGGACCAUACUUAUCAGUGACUUUUUAUAUAUUAAGUUGAUGCUUUGAAGAAAUUAGGAGAUUCUAUUUUUCUUAAAGGAAAAUUAAAACUCGCUCUUUACUGAAAGCUUAUUUCAUCCCUAUCUGCAUCUGUAACCUUUCUUUUUAGGCUCAUGUAAAGCCAGGAAGUAUUUUUGAGUUCUAAUCUCCAAUUUCUGCUGGUGGUCUAUUACAUUACAUUCUCCAUUAUAUUGCAGAAUAUACUUUUAAGCUUGUUGGCAAAGUUUUUACCUUUCUUCGAUGAAGAAAACAAGCAGUUUAAAGGUUUCCAGUAUUCUAAGCUGGUGAGCAUUUUUGAUUGACACUUACCUGUCUCUCAUCGUUGCGUAUAGACACGAAGCUCAGUGACAGGGCUCAUCAUUCUGUUUAAACCCAGCAAUAAGUGCGGUCAUCACUGGCCCUAUCAGACCACAGGGCUGUGUACUCCACGAUGGACAGAUGUCCAUCUGGGGUUUAGGCUUCCGAGAUAGACUCAGGGUUGCCGUCACCCUGACCAGGAGUAAGCGGGUUUCCAUUAUUAGGUGGAUGGUUUAGAAAUUCUGAAAGCAUUUACAGAAUUCAAAGUCCAGUGAGCACAUGGGUAAAGAUGUGCAAAAAUGCAGGAAUACAGUAGUAGGUGUUCAGUGUAAAGAAGAACAUAACCUGACCAAGGAGAUCAUGUGCGUCUGGCAUUGGGGGGGGGUUAAAUAGCUAUUGACCGUAAGACAAGGGGGAAUGGUGGAACACUUCAUCCACUAAAUCCAGAAAAUGUAUUAUUUCUGCUAACAUUUGAAUAACCUCCAAAAGAUCGUAUGUUGGCUUGUUUGAAAGGUGCACACUGGUAAAUAGUUUUCUUACCCUUGUAGCAGAGGAAAAUUGCAACCCGGCACUUGGACCAGCUCUGGGGACAGGAGAGGACUUGGGUUAAUAUUCCAGAUCAUGAUGACUGUAACAGCUGUGUUCAAAAUGAACCCUCUUUGACCAUUUGCACCACAGGCUAAAGAAACGGUGAUCUCCCUUUCAGAAAGGCAACGGAAAUGCAAGAUUUAUUAGAGCCGGAAAAUUAAAGCAUCCCAGAUUUCAGGGUGGGCCAGCAUUAGUCAAAUACAGCUCUUUCCAGUCCAUUCCAUUUCAGGUGUCCAGUAUAGCUUGCUACUUAAUUAUAUAGUUGACUUAGUCAUUGGUUAGACAGCAGGAAUUGCUGGAGAAAGAAUGCGUUUUUAGAAGGACUGGUGUUUUGCUGCUUGUGGAUGAGCCUAACAAAACUUUUAAUACUGCUUGGAAGAUAGCUUUUUAUUAAAAUAUACCAGAAAGGACCUAAAUUCUUAACUUUUAUGAUUUCAAGAAAUCAAUGCAUGUCAUUUUUCACAUGAGCUUUCCACAGAUUUCUUCCCCAUAGCAGUGAUCACCAGUCCUGGCUUUGAAUGCCAGUGUCUCCAGACUUUCAUCCCAGCUCAAGUGUUUCUUUAUAUGCAAAGGACGUUUAUUGUAUUUCAGUUAAUCUGUGUUUAGAAGGAGCCUUGGAUUGGUGUGAUGGAAUGGCCUUCCUGUCCAGCAGUUAGCCAGAGCCUCUUGAAAUUAUUCCACCGUCCACCCAGGCAGAUGUUAGCUUGCAGCUGGAAGAGACGAGGAUGGUAUAUCUGCCCCUGCAGAGGUCCAGCUUGUAUGGUCCACCUUACCCCAUGCUCUUGGGCUACAGCUUAUAAAAGCUGUUGCCAGUGAAUGGGAGAACCUUGGAAAUCACCCCCUUAGUCCUUGGUGUGACAGACCUUUCCUCUCCUGCCUGAGGUGGAAUGAGCUGGGGGUCCCGCCCCUGAGGUUGAAGCUGGGCUUGAGCAGGAAGGGGGAAAUGGGGGGCCUGUCUGACUCUUCUGAGCCUGAUGCCUGAUGCCUGAGGCCUGAGUCUGAAGAACGGAGUCUCGGUCUGCACUUGUUCAGGGGUGGCUGUUUUGCAAACCUGCCAUCCUGCUGGAGGCAGCUGUGUUGUGUGCUUGGACAGCACACCCUGCCUCUUCCAUUUAAUUUCAGGGUAAGGCUGAUCCUUAGCAUUCAAAGUGCUCUUCAGGAACUGGGUCAUAGUGGGAAUGAAGGAUCAGUUUAGCGUGAAAUGUGUCGGAGAAAUCAGUUCUGUUGAAAGGCUCCGGUCUGGAAAGAAUCAAGCUAGCCCACCCCUGAUCUAGCACAGUUGGGUGGAGUGGGUUGGGGGUGGGGGGUGAUUGCAGAGGCACUUGUGCCACCCGUUAGGGGUCAGAAUCAUCAGUCAACUCAGUUUUGUCCACAGGAGGGAAGAGAAAAAAAGUGAUGUGGGCAGAAUACAAACUCGCUAGCCCUGCCGCCUGGGACAUGGUAGUGAAGCAUCUGUGAAAUGUAAGUUAUAUGCAAAAACAAAAGUGUAUAUAUUGCAAAAAAGUGAUUUGACAAUCAUGGGGAUUCAAUGUGCGAACAGUGUUUCUUCCGCUUUUGGGAAUGGAGGGGGGUGGGGUCUGUUCUGGCUUUAUUUGUAAGAAUUGUAGCACUGCAGAACAUGAAGAUUGUUGAAAGAAUAUUCUUUUUGGAUUCCUAGUAAAGCUGAUUUCUUACAGCUGGGACUGUGCUGUGUGGAGUUCAGAGAUGUGUGUUCUGACUGUGUUUUGACAUGCUGGUGUCGAGUGGGCCUGGUGGGGUGGUGUAAAUAGAGCUGACGGAGGCUGGUGCCUUCUCUGACAUGGACCACAGCACAGGGACUGAUGGGAAAGGAAUUAAAAUGACAUGACCAGGUU